AUGUCGGAGCCCACGCUCGAGUUGAUCGAGACAGACGAAGCAGGAAACAUUGUAGCCACAUACGUCCAGACGACCAAUGCCAAACGCGACGUCACAAGGGUAGACAGAAUCGUAAUCACUCUCCAGACAAACCACCACGAAACCACACGCGCUCACACCCAAUCACAGGCACCCAGGAGUUCUCGAAAAUCACUCAAGACACUACUCGACAUUUUCCUACCAGCCGGAUACCCUCACAGCGUGACCGAAGACUAUUUGUCAUAUCAAAUCUAUAAACACCAACAAACAGNNGAUUCACUGCAAGCAUUUUCUAGCUCCAUAGCAGGACUUUUGGCUUCCAGGGCAGUGCUCGAAGGUGUUGGCGUGGGCGAUGCUUCGGCAUCGGCUACCGGUGCGCUGUUGCUUUCCAUUCUGCAGGAGAGCAUGGGCAGGGUUGCGACGAUAGUGUUUGCAUCACAUCGCGGCACUGCGUUGGAGCCAGAGUGUAAGCUUUACCGUUUGCUGAAAGAUUCGAGUCAAGAAACUGUAAUUUCGCUCGUGGGCAUGCUGGUGGGCUGUUUGGUGGUCAAGGUUGUGACGACCCCUUUUGCGACUUGGACGACGCUGCUGCUGCUGUUGACGUUGCAUCUUGCGACAAACUACAUGGCGGUCAGAUCGGUAUGCAUGCGCACGCUCAACCGCCAACGCGCCAACAUUGUGUUUGCACAUCUGCACGAGUACGAUUGCGUCCUGAGCCCCAAGCAAGUGUCGGCCAAGGAACGCAUCUUCGAGCGCGAUGGCAUAUUGCGCGAUGCGCAGGACAAGUGCUUGGGCUACUGCAAGAUAGGAGUCCCCGCGUCUGAGCUGCUGCAGCGUUUGGGAAAGACGGACAGGCUGACUAGAGCAACUAACCUCCGUGACGGCCGACUACUGCAGCUGUUGGAGCUGUUCGAGGAGGAGAGCUACAUUGUCUAUCUGGAGCGCCCAUCAAACGUGGCUUGCAUCUUGUUGAAGAAGGGCAGUGAUACUGCGGUUCAAUUGAAGGCCUGGUACCAUGCCCUGCUCCUAGCAGGGCAAGCCGGACAGGGUUUUGAAGGUGAGAAGGAUGCUAUGGAUGCGGUUCAAAGCACACUUGUGGCUGUAAGGAAGGACUGGGAGAAGGUCCAAGCCAGGCUUGGUGAAGCAGGUUGGGACCUGGAGACAGCAGCGCUGGAGACAACCUCGGGCUCGAGAGUGGUCGUUCAGAAGUGA